AUGCUUGUGCUGCUCUCUCUCUUGGAUUCAAAUAUUCGGUGUAGUUGUCAAGCUACGAAUGAUUCAGUUCAGGAAGUCAGUUGCAGUUUUGAGUUAGAUUUUUGUCAGUGGAAUCACGAUCUAACUGCAGAUUUGAAUUGGGUUCGGCAUAACGGGUCAACCCCUUCCGCGGACACAGGUCCACAGUCCGAUAUUGCUGUUGAUGAAUUAAGACUGUCUGACGGAGAAUGUCCUGAGAUAAUACCUGAGAUACAUAAUGGCAAUUGUAGUUUUGAGCGGAACCUUUGUGACUGGACACAUGAUCCAACUGCACAGUUUUCCUGGACUCGUCAAUAUGGUGAAACGCAUAGCUUUGAAACAGGUCCAGUGACAGGUGCUGAUAAUUCCUCCGCCUACAUCUUUAUCGAAGCUAGUUUUCCACAAAAAAUAUGUGAUCGAGCUGGUUUAAUGUCACCUUUAAUUGUAAGGCCAACAACAACGAGUGGAGCACAGUGUUUCUCGUUCUUUUAUCACAUGUACGGAAUUAACAUUGGCAGUUUACUGAUAUGGACGAUUGAGAAUAUGACAACAUCUGCUGAAGAAACAUUGAUUUGGCAACAACAUGGCGCUCAGGGAAAUGAGUGGUUGAUCAAACGAAUUAACUUGUGGCCAACUGCAGAUUAUUAUUUUAGAAUAGAUGGCUAUGUCGGAGACGGCUUUGAAGGAGAUAUUGCUGUUGAUGAAAUAACUCUGUUCGACGGAGAAUGCACUGAGGCAAUAGUUGAUGGCAAGACAGGUAAAGUUUUUCUACUGACGACAAUAAAAUUAGGAUAUUGGUUAUAUAUUCCCCAUAUUAUAGCUGCUAUGUAUGACUGGUGGCAGAAAAAUGUUCGUCCAAUUUAUGGUGCAUUAUCAACUGUUAAAGUUCUGACAGUCUAUGUGUCGUGGGGACAAUGA